CCCCGACAUGUGGUCAAAAUCUUUCUUUUUUGGUUUGACUUGACAUUUUAUACUUUUAAAAAAAUUCGCCUUGUUCUAACCUGGCACUGAAAUAUUUUUUAAUAAUAAUUAUAUCUAUUCUGUAUUAAAAUAUAAUUAAUAAUGCCGAAGUCCAAAAGAGAUAAGAAGGUUUCAUUAACCAAAACAAACAAGAAAGGAUUGUUGCUAAAACAGAAAAUUAUUGAAGAAAUCCGAAAUUCAUUGUCUAAAUAUGAACAUAUAUUUUUAUUUACUGUUGAUAAUAUGCGCAACACUAAAUUGAAAGACUUACGCCAUGAAUGGAAAGACUCGCGUUUCUUUUUUGGCAAGAAUAAAGUAAUGGCAAUUGCACUGGGCAAAACAAAAAGUGAUGAAAUUGAAGAUCAGUUAAAUUUGCUCUCAAAAAAGUUAAAGGGUCAAUGUGGAUUGCUUAUGACAAACAGAGAUGUUCCUGAUGUUUUACAAUGGUUUAAAGACUUCACUGAAUCAGAAUAUGCUCGCUCUGGUUUUAUAGCUACUCAUGAUGUCAUUUUACCAUCUGGACCACUUAAAGAUUUUUCCCACACAAUAGAACCUCAUCUUAGAAGACUUGGGCUUCCUACAUCUCUUGAGAGAGGUGUUAUACAUUUAAUAAAGGAAUAUCAGGUUUGCAAGAAGGGUAAUGCUUUAACUCCAGAACAAGCUAGUAUAUUAAAGCUUUUGGGCAUACAAAUGGCUGACUUUAAAGUUGUUAUAAAAUGUCAUUGGACAAAAGGCAAAGGUUUUCAAAAGGACAUUGAUGUAGCCAGUGACGAUGAUGAAAGUGAUGGUGAGAGUGUUCUUGAAGACGCUAUGGAACAGGAUGAAACAUAAUAAAAAUUAUACAUA